AUUUCGUAAACGGUAAUCUGCAAUUCUAAUUUCUACACAGCACAAAAUCGCUCAUCGCUUCCAGUAUCCGAGCACCAAACAGGGUGGGAGAGAGAUCCAUAGAAAGUGAGAGAGAAAGAUGUUUCUGCGGAGGUUUGCUCGGCCAUCGUCAUUGAUGAUGAUGGCCAGGGUGAAGGAAACAACGGGGAUCGUCGGUCUCGAGGUGGUUCCUAAUGCAAGGGACGUGCUAAUUGGUCUUUACAACAAAACCCUAAACGAGAUCCAGCGUGUACCUGAGGACGAAGGCUAUCGGAAGGCCGUUGAGAGCUUCACGCGCCACCGAUUGAAGGUAUGCCAAGAGGAAGAAGAUUGGGAAGUCAUUGAGAAGCGACUUGGUUGUGGUCAAGUUGAGGAACUCAUUGAAGAAGCUCAGGAUGAGCUCAAACUCAUUGACAAAAUGAUCGAGUGGGACCCAUGGGGUGUACCCGAUGACUACGAAUGUGAAGUAGUUGAAAAUGACGCUCCUGUCCCUAAGCAUGUUCCACUACACCGACCUGGUCCACUUCCUGAGGAGUUUUACAAGACUCUGGAUGCUAUCAUGACUGGAAAAUUGGAGCCUCCUGCUAAAAAAGAUGAGUCAGCAAUCCCUGCAAGUUCCCAAUGAGCAACAAAUCAUGCUUCUUUCUUUCCGGGUUUGUUUCUAUUUAUAGAAAGCUGAAAUCUUUGCUAUUUUCAGAAUUAUUGUUCAUGUUUUGUCUGAAUAACUAAGUGUUUGGAGGCUAAUAAACACAGAUUUGGCUGGUGGUGUCCACUAUGUUUUCUGUAGGGGCUGUUUCUAUUUGAUUUAAUGGCUUAAUACUUAAUUUGGAUAGAA